UGACGGAGCCAGUGCAGCCAGAAGGAAAAGCACGGUUAGCAGCAGACCUUGGCUGCUCCCCACCGGGGCCCAGGCACAGAAGACAAGCACAGUGAGUGGAGCUGUGGCCUCUGGAUGUCUCUCAGAGUUGCAUGGAAAUCAUAGGUGCAGGGAGCGCUUGAAGCGCAGUCAGAAGAACGCCAAGGUGGAGGGCCCAGAGCCAGUGCCUGCUGAGGCCUCGCUGAGUGCUGAGCAGGGGACGAUGACGGAGGUGAAGGUGAAAACGGAACUGCCGGACGACUACAUACAGGAGGUCAUCUGGCAGGGCGAGGCCAAGGAGGAGAAGAAGGCGGUGGGCAAGGACGGAACUGGCGAUGUACCUGCCGAGAUCUGCGUGGUGAUCGGCGGCGUCCGCAACCAGCAGACCCUGGAUGGAAAAGCUCCAGAAGGCAGCCCCCACGGUGGAUCUGUUCGGAGCCGGUAUUCAGGGACCUGGAUUUUUGACCAAGCUUUGAGAUAUGCAUCUGGGUCCUACGAAUGUGCGAUCUGCGGCAAGAAGUACAAGUACUACAACUGCUUCCAGACCCACGUGCGGGCGCACCGAGAUACUGAAGCCACCUCAGGGGAGGGAGCCUCCCAGAGCAACAAUUUCAGGUACACCUGUGACAUCUGCGGAAAGAAAUACAAAUACUACAGCUGCUUCCAGGAGCACCGAGACCUCCACGCCGUGGAUGUGUUCAGUGUGGAAGGGGCUCCCGAGAAUCGGGCAGACCCCUUUGACCAAGGUGUUGUGGCCACGGAUGAGGUGAAGGAGGAGCCUCCGGAGCCGUUCCAGAAAAUUGGACCAAAAACCGGCAAUUACACCUGCGAGUUCUGCGGGAAGCAGUACAAGUACUACACGCCCUACCAGGAGCAUGUCGCCUUACAUGCGCCCAUCAGUACCGCCCCCGGGUGGGAGCCGCCGGAAGAUCCGGACACCGGUUCUGAGUGUUCCCAUCCAGAGGUCACCCCAUCUCCACGCUUCGUGGCAGCGAAGACCCAGACGAACCAGUCGGGGAAAAAAGCUCCAGCCUCCGUGGUCCGAUGCACCACCCUCUUACACCGCACCCCUCCAGCUACCCAAACUCAGACGUUCCGCACCCCAAACUCGGGAUCUCCAGCAAGCAAGGCAACUGCAGAAAGCACCUUCAGCCGGCGGGUAGAAGGAAAAGCACAGAACCACUUUGAGGAGACCAACAGCAGCUCACAGAAUUCCAGUGAAACUGCAAGUCCCCUGAUUUCCAAUCCUUUCCCUCUCCUACAGAAACCCUACACGUGCGGCGCCUGUGGGAUUCAGUUUCAGUUCUACAGCAACCUGCUGGAGCACAUGCAGUCCCAUGCAGCCGACAGUGAAAACAACAUCACCUCCAACCAGUCCCGAUCUCCACCUGCUGCAGUGGAAGAGAAGUGGAAACCUCAGGCCCAGAGGAACAGUGCCAACAACACCACAACUAGUGGUUUGACACCCAACAGUGUAAUCCCCGAGAAGGAGCGGCAGAACAUCGCAGAACGGCUGCUGCGGGUCAUGUGUGCUGACCUGGGUGCACUGAGCGUGGUCAGUGGGAAGGAGUUCCUCAAGUUGGCCCAAACCCUGGUAGACAGUGGCGCCCGCUAUGGGGCCUUCUCCGUCACCGAGAUCCUGGGCAACUUUAACACAUUAGCACUGAAGCACCUGCCACGCAUGUACAACCAGGUGAAGGUGAAGGUGACAUGUGCCCUGGGCAGCAAUGCCUGCCUGGGCAUCGGUGUUACAUGCCACUCCCAGAGUGUGGGCCCUGACUCCUGCUACAUCCUUACAGCCUACCAGGCUGAGGGCAACCACAUCAAGAGUUAUGUGCUAGGUGUGAAGGGUGCAGACAUUCGUGAGAGCGGUGACUUGGUGCAUCACUGGGUGCAGAACGUGCUGUCAGAGUUUGUGAUGUCAGAGAUCCGGACCGUGUAUGUCACCGACUGCCGGGUGAGCACAUCCGCCUUCUCCAAGGCUGGCAUGUGCCUUCGCUGCUCAGCCUGUGCCUUGAACUCAGUGGUGCAGAGUGUGCUGAGCAAGCGGACGCUGCAGGCCCGCAGCAUGCAUGAGGUCAUCGAGCUGCUCAAUGUGUGUGAGGACCUAGCAGGCUCUACGGGCCUGGCCAAGGAGACCUUUGGCUCUCUGGAGGAGACAUCACCACCACCCUGCUGGAACUCAGUGACCGACUCGCUGCUUCUGGUACACGAGCGCUACGAGCAGAUCUGCGAGUUCUACAGCCGUGCCAAGAAAAUGAACCUCAUCCAGAGCCUCAACAAGCACUUGCUGAGCAACCUGGCCGCCAUCCUGACGCCCGUGAAGCAGGCAGUCAUAGAGCUCAGUAAUGAGAGCCAGCCCACCCUGCAGCUGGUGCUGCCCACCUACGUCCGGCUAGAGAAGCUGUUCACAGCCAAAGCCAACGACGCAGGCACGGUCAGCAAGCUGUGCCAUCUCUUUCUAGAAGCACUCAAGGAGAACUUCAAGGUGCACCCAGCCCACAAGGUGGCCAUGAUCCUGGAUCCUCAGCAGAAGCUUCGGCCAGUGCCACCCUAUCAGCAUGAGGAGAUCAUCAGCAAGGUGUGUGAGCUCAUCAAUGAGGUGAAGGAGUCCUGGGCUGAGGAGGCCGACUUUGAGCCCGCCACCAAGAAGGCACGUUCAGCCACCGGCGAGCACCCCACAGCUCAGGAAGAUGACCGGCUGGGCAAGAAUGAAGUAUACGACUACCUUCAGGAACCCCUCUUCCAGGCCACUCCCGACCUCUUCCAGUACUGGUCAUGUGUGACCCAAAAGCACACGAAACUUGCCAAGCUCGCCUUCUGGCUCCUGGCUGUUCCUGCUGUGGGGGCUCGAAGCGGGUGUGUAAAUAUGUGUGAACAAGCACUUCUGAUCAAAAGGAGGCGGCUGCUCAGCCCGGAAGACAUGAACAAGCUCAUGUUUUUGAAAUCUAACAUGCUUUAAGACUCAACUUUGGGGAACAACAAACAAACAAAAAAAAGACGAAAAGAAGAAAAACGUUAGGAAAACACACACAACACUGUCACAAAGAAAUUUAAGUUCUAAACACUGUGGAACCUCAUUGUAAAUGCCCCCUGGAAACUUAAGUGCUUUUUUUUCCAGUG